AUGGCCUCAGCCCAUACUUCGCUGCUCCAGCUCGAGGCCUCUACUUUCCAGGCCACCGUGGACAGGGCAGGAAGUGAAGUAGAGAUUCCAGAUCUGAAUGACCCUUUGGGACAACUUGAUGGACAGGACAGCCCGAUUCCAACUCUGAAAGGUUACUUUCUGAAUUUUCUGGAGCCCGUAAACAAUAUCACCAUUGUCCAAGGCCAGACAGCAAUUCUACACUGCAAGGUGGCGGGAAACCCUCCCCCCAACGUGCGGUGGCUGAAGAACGAUGCCCCGGUCGUGCAGGAGCCGCGGCGGAUAAUCAUCCGGAAGACAGAAUAUGGUUCUCGACUGAGAAUCCAAGACCUGGACACGACAGACACGGGCUACUACCAGUGCGUGGCCACCAACGGAGUGAAGACCAUCACUGCCACCGGAGUCCUGUUCGUGCGGCUGGGUCCAACGCACAGCCCAAACCAUAACUUCCAGGACGACUCCCACGAGGACGGGUUCUGCCAGCCUUACCGGGGAAUCGCCUGCGCGCGCUUCAUCGGGAACCGCACCAUUUAUGUGGACUCGCUUCAGAUGCAGGGGGAGAUCGAAAACCGAAUCACAGCGGCCUUCACCAUGAUCGGCACCUCCACGCACCUGUCGGACCAGUGCUCGCAGUUCGCCAUCCCGUCGUUCUGCCACUUCGUGUUCCCGCUGUGCGACGCGCGCUCCCGGGUGCCCAAGCCGCGCGAGCUGUGCCGAGACGAGUGCGAGGUGCUGGAGAGCGACCUGUGCCGCCAGGAGUACACGAUCGCGCGCUCCAACCCGCUCAUCCUCAUGCGGCUGCAGCUGCCCAAGUGCGAGGCGCUGCCCAUGCCCGAGAGCCCCGACGCAGCCAACUGCAUGCGCAUCGGCAUCCCGGCCGAGAGGCUGGGCCGCUACCACCAGUGCUACAACGGCUCGGGCACGGAUUACAGAGGCACCGCGAGCACCACUAAGUCGGGGCACCAGUGCCAGCCGUGGGCCCUGCAGCACCCCCACAGCCACCGCCUGUCCAGCGCAGACUUUCCCGAGCUCGGAGGGGGUCACGCCUACUGCCGGAACCCUGGAGGCCAGAUGGAGGGCCCCUGGUGCUUUACACAGAAUAAAAACGUGCGCGUGGAGCUGUGUGACAUACCCUCGUGUAGUCCCCAAGACGGCAGCAAGAUGGGGAUUCUGUACAUCCUGGUUCCGAGCAUCGCGAUUCCGCUGGUCAUCGCUUGCCUUUUCUUCUUGGUCUGCAUGUGCCGGAAUAAGCAGAAGGCUUCUGCGUCCUCACCGCAACGCCGGCAGCUCAUGGCCUCGCCCAGCCAGGACAUGGAAAUGCCUCUCAUCGGCCAGCACAAACAGGCCAAACUCAAAGAGAUCAGCCUGUCGACGGUGAGGUUCCUGGAGGAGCUGGGAGAAGACCGCUUUGGGAAAGUCUACAAAGGCCACCUGUUCGGGCCUACCCCUGGGGAGCAGACCCAGGCUGUCGCCAUCAAAACGCUGAAAGACAAGGCAGAGGGGCCGCUCCGGGAGGAGUUCCGGCAUGAGGCCAUGCUACGGGCGCGGCUGCAGCACCCCAACAUCGUCUGCCUGCUGGGCGUGGUGACAAAGGACCAGCCCCUCAGCAUGGUCUUCGGCUACUGCCCGCACGGCGACCUCCACGAGUUCCUGGUCAUGCGCUCACCGCACUCGGACGUGGGCAGCACCGACGAUGACCGCACUGUGAAAUCUGCCCUGGAGCCCCCCGACUUUGUGCACGUGGCGGCGCAGAUCGCGGCAGGGAUGGAGUACCUGUCCAGCCACCACGUGGUGCACAAGGACCUGGCCACCCGCAACGUGCUCGUGUAUGAUAAGCUCAGCGUGAAGAUCUCAGACCUGGGCCUCUUCCGAGAGGUGUAUUCUGCCGAUUACUACAAACUGCUGGGGAACUCGCUGCUGCCCAUCCGCUGGAUGUCCCCGGAGGCGAUCGCGUUCGGCAAGUUCUCCACCGACUCGGACAUCUGGUCCUACGGCGUGGUGCUGUGGGAGGUCUUCAGCUACGGGCUGCAGCCCUAUUGCGGGCACUCCAACCAGGACGUGGUGGAGAUGGUGCGCAGCCGGCAGCUGCUGCCCUGCCCAGACGACUGCCCCGCCUGGGUGUACGCCCUCAUGGUCGAGUGCUGGAGCGAGUUCCCCGGCCGGCGGCCCCGCUUCAAGGACCUCCACGGCCGGCUGCGGGCAUGCGGCAGCCUCUCCAACUGCACCAGCUCGGCGCAGACCUCGGGCGCCAGCAACGCCACGCAGACCAGCUCGCUGAGCACCAGCCCCGUGAGCAACGUGAGCAACGCCCGCUACCAGGGGCCCAAGCAGAAGGCCCAGCCCUUCCCGCAGCCCGCCUUCAUCCCCAUGAAGGGCCCAGUCAGGCCCCUGGUGCCCCCGCCGCAGCUCUACAUCCCGGUCAACGGCUACCAGCCAGUGCCGGCCUAUGGGCCCUACCUGCCCGGCUUCUACCCCGUCCAGAUCCCCCUGCACGUGGCCCCCCAGCAGGCGCCUGCCCAGAUGGUCCCCAAGCCCAGCUCGCACCACAGCGGCAGCGGCUCCACCAGCACGGGCUAUGUCACCACCGCGCCCUCCAACGCGUCCGUGGCGGACAGGGCGGCCCUGCUCUCAGAGGGCACGGAGGACAUGCACAAUGUCCCGGAAGACGCGGCCCAGAGCCCCGUGCAGGAGGCAGAAGAGGAAGAGGAAGGCUCCGUCCCAGAGACGGAGCUGCUGGGAGACAACGACACCCUGCAGGUGGAUGAGGCCCAAGGCCAACUGGAAGCCUGA